GUUGUCAGAAUUUCCCCAGACGCGGCGGCGGCUGCAGAGAAGAAGCUGUGGACCUCGAGGUCGCUGUGGCCCCAGUGGUGGUGGGGUCCGGGUGAGCUCGCCUCAUCCUGCCCCCUCUGCGAUGCAUCCGAGGCGCCCGGACGGAUUCGAUGGCUUGGGCUAUCGGGGCGGUGCCCGGGAUGAGCAAGGCUUUGGCGGCGCUUUCCCUGCAAGGUCUUUCACCUCGGCGUCGGACCUGAGCCACUGGGUGACCACUCCCCCAGACAUCCCGGGUAGCCGCAACCUGCACUGGGGCGAGAAGAGCCCGCCCUACGGCGUGCCCGCCCCCUCCACCCCGCUCGAGGGCCCAGCGGAGGAACCCUUUCCCAGCGGCAGCGGUGGUAGCGUGCCCGGGCAGAACAGCGAACAGUUGAAUAGAUUUGCUGGAUUUGGUAUUGGACUUGCAAGUCUUUUUACAGAAAAUGUACUGGCCCAUCCUUGCAUUGUUCUGCGCCGCCAGUGUCAGGUUAAUUACCAUGCUCGGCAUUAUCAUCUCACUCCAUUUACAGUCAUCAAUAUUAUGUACAGCUUCAAUAAAACUCAGGGACCAAGGGCCCUUUGGAAAGGAAUGGGAAGUACAUUUAUUGUCCAAGGAGUUACACUUGGAGCAGAGGGAAUAAUCAGUGAAUUCACACCUUUACCAAGGGAGAUUUCACAUAAAUGGAAUCCUAGACAAAUAGGAGAACACCUUUUACUGAAAUCCCUAACUUAUAUAGUGGCAAUGCCUUUUUAUUCAGCAAGUCUAAUUGAAACAGUACAGAGUGAGAUCAUUCGAGACAACGCUGGAAUUUUGGAAUGUGUUAAAGAAGGGAUUGGAAGAGUGAUAGGCAUGGGAGUGCCUCAUAGCAAACGCCUACUUCCGCUUCUUUCCCUGAUCUUCCCUACGGUGCUGCAUGGGGUUCUUCAUUACAUCAUCAGCUCAGUCAUUCAGAAAAUUGUCCUGCUCAUUCUAAAGAGAAAGACUUAUAAUAGCCACCUAGCUGAGAGCACUAGCCCGAUGCAGAGUAUGUUGGAUGCUUAUUUUCCAGAGCUUAUGGCUAACUUUGCUGCGAGUCUUUGCUCUGAUGUUAUACUUUACCCACUGGAAACAGUUCUGCACCGCCUUCACAUUCAAGGAACACGCACAAUAAUUGACAAUACAGACCUUGGCUAUGAAGUGCUUCCAAUUAAUACACAGUAUGAGGGGAUGAGAGACUGUAUCAAUACCAUAAGGCAGGAGGAAGGAAUGCUUGGUUUUUAUAAAGGCUUUGGUGCUGUUGUAAUACAGUACACACUGCAUGCAGCUGUUUUACAGAUUACCAAAAUUAUUUACUCUGCACUUCUUCAGAAUAGUGUUUGAAAUUUAGAUUCCUGGUUAGUCUAAAAGACAUCAUCUGGAUGCUUCGUUAUGAAAUUAGAAGGGAUAAAAGUGAAAUACUGGGGUGGGAAAUGGAUUAGAAAGUGAAACUGGUAGCAAAAGCCCAUGCUGAUUAUAUUAACUCUUGUUUAAAAAGGCAUGAGUAUAUAUUUUGGAUUUGAAGUAUUCCAAAUUUGAAAACUGAAUAAAAAUAACAUAUGAAUUAAAUUCUAGCUAGUGUAGCACUCAUGCUGAACUAAAAAUGAUCUUGGGAAGAUGCAAAAAUUUGUCGGCAAACUGAAAACAACAUUUCAGUUAUUCCACAGAGCCAAAUUUAUUUGAUCUGACUUUAAUAUGUAUUUCAUGUUUAAUUUCACCUUCUAGAUUGAUAUUGGUAUAUCAUUCUUACUAAGUGUACAGUAGCAGGAGAUCGUAGUUUACCUUUAAGCAAAUAAAUUAUGUUAUCAGUAAUAAAGACAAGGAUUAGAUUUGGCGCUCCGUAAACCGGAGCUAAGAGUUUUAAAGUGCACUGUCCCUGUAUAACUUUAAUGGCUGUACAUUUAUUGUAUAAAUCCAUUUAUAUGCAUACAUUUAACUUGGAAUUUCCUUCAUCCCUGUAAAAUUUCCACACUAAGAUCAGCUUACUGCAUCAAAUGAAGUCAUGUACUUUCUGCUUGAAUGUCACGACAAACCAUUAAAAGCCAAGGGACCUGAAAGAUUUAAGGCAAACAGCAUUAUUUGCCCAUAUCCAAACUCACCAUUUCAGUGCCAGCACCUUGAAAUUCAUCAUAUUUUUAUAAAGUUUGAUUUGCUAACCUAGUUUUAUGAAUCAUCAGGCUGUUUUUAGAGCUGCUCUUAACAGAGGUAGAACAUAAGAUAAUCAUGAUAACUAUUCCUGUUUCCACAUUUACAAAUUGUGUACUGAAGGGAAUGUUACUUGCCUUUCAUUUCUGAAUGACUUGUCUUAGAGGAGACACAAUUAACAUUCACCUGGGAAUCUGUCUCUCUUGCCUUCCAUAUAGUCAUCAUUAAAUAAUGGCCUCAGUUUUUUAUUUUCUAUUAGUUUUGUGUAUCGUUUCAUCCUCCAAACUAAAUACACAUAAAGGGAAAAACAGAUUUAUCCUUAUCAGCUUUUAUUGAAACUUGUUUGGAUGAAUACUGAAGAAAAUGGAAACCUUAAAGGAAGUUUGUCCUUGCUUUUUAUGUGUGAGGAAAAGUAAAUUUCAACAAGUAAUAAGGGAAAAAGUUGAUGAUACACUUUAAAAAAUUCUCUGUUCCUAAAUUGAAUUUGGUGGGAGAGACUCUUUGUAUAGUGAAAUGAUAUGCAUUUGACUGAUCAUCAUUAAACAUUUCGAAGUUUCA